AGAAAGAGGAGCACAGGAAAACAUCUGGAGAUCUGCCCGCAUUCCUUUUACACCACAGCAGAAACUGGCAAAUGUUUCCCAGGGGUUGGCAAUGUGCCCAGUAAGGGGCAGCAAAGCUAGAAGAAUCAACUACUGUCACCACUUAAUCAGUCCCCACCGCGGGUCACAGCAAAAAGUAAGAGGCAAAAUAGGAAUACGCUAGGAAGACAGCAUGUUUAAUGCCAGCCGCACUUCGCAGCAAGUGAGAUGUUGCUCGCAUUGGAAUUCCUCAGUGGAGAAAGCCCCAUAAAUCAACUGGUUGCUGCUCAGAAGUACAGUACGGGCGAGACAGGUUAAUAAACGUACCUAUACAAAGCGCUCCAAUUAGUAUAGAAAAUUAUGGGCGCGAAAGACCGCACCCCAGGAGGCGCUUUCAUUAUUCCUCCUCCGCUCAUUUUCUGCCCUUGCCGCAGAAAGACUCAAGGUGACCCCAUCCCGGCCGUUGAAGUCGCCUUUUUCCCCGCCCUUUUCACGCAGAGCUAACUCCAUUGCCGCAUCUCAUCCCUGCGGUGCUCGCCGCCUAUUGGUCAUUCUUCGAUAGCCCCGCGUGAGCCGAUGUGAAGACUUGCCUCCUCAUCUGCAUAGCCCGAACAACGUGCCGCUUUGAGCGCCUGGACGGAAGAGACUACACUUCCCAGGGUUCUAGUCGACGACCACGCCGCGGUUUAGAGCCGCGGGGUCUCCCGGGAAACGUAGUUGCUGUUAAUCUCUUCCGAACGCUGCUGAGUUGUGGCGCUGCCUGAGCCGCGAGGGGGAGAGCGCGCCGCGGCCGUUGUUGGUAGCGGGCUGGGGUGUUUCUUGCGCAGCUCUGAUGGCUGGCUUUUUGAUCCUGCCCUUGCUGCUGAAUUGCCUGUGGUGGAGCGGCUGCGGGGCAGUGUGGAGGUAUAGAACAAACACUGGAAAAUAUUUGAUGUUUUCUACAAGAACUGUUAUAUAUUUAGAAUAUGAAGGAACUACAUUUUUAGAAUGGGAUGUUCCAUCAUUUUGUAUAGUUGAGGAUAAAAGGGCACCAUCAACAAAACUGUUGUGUCCAGUUCCUGGCUUUCAUAAGAUUCAACCACUACUUUCAGUUCCAUCACCUGAUGAUGAGGAACGCUACUUAUCUAUCAAAGCAGAUGUGAAUUGUUUCUCAUGGUAUAUUUAUCAAGAUGAAAACAGGUCAUGGGAUUCUGGUCUAACUCAGGUUAUAAAGGUAUGGUUAUAUGAUCCAGAAAGUGCAAGCAAGAGGGAAAAGGAAUACACUGCCACAUCACCACCACUAUAUUCUAGGACCCUUAGCAAGCAGUUCUGGAAUUUGGGACAGGCACCAAGCAUUGCAACAUCAUUUUUAGAAAUGGAAGUUUUCAACACAUCAUUUGAUAAUGGAAUAUGGACAUUUGAAGUACCUAGCGAAACAAAUGACAACAUGGCAACCAUUGUUGGCAAAGUAGUUACUUUUCAGGAUUGUUUUGUUCAAGAUACUCCUUUUACUAUUGCCCAGCCUAUAUAUAUAUUAGGCCCCAAAACAGGAAUUUCUGUUACUCUUCCAGCUGAUAGUGAACCCAUAAUAGAAUGGUGUGCCUGUUAUCCAGGAACAGCUUUCAUAGUGACAGUUGAUGGGAUCUUCCACACCAGCAAUGGAUUUUUAAAUGUAGUAGAACUAAAAUUUCCUCCAAGCCUCAUACUAUCUACCAUGAUUCACAAAGUCAAAACACUAGGAAUUGUUUUUCCAGAUGCCUACAUUUUGAUUGAAAAUAGUCUCUAUCUGGCAAGCAUAGGCCAAGUUAUCAACAUUGGAGAGCUUUAUUUUCCAGGUGUAGACUUUAUCGGACUAGAAACCACAACUUGGUGUUCUGGAGCAUAUCCUUACACUGAGGGAGAAUUAAGUGAAAUGAUUUUAUGGUCACAAGAUGAAAUUUUUCUUGGAUAUACUGACGUUGAAAUUCUUCCAUUAAUAACUGCAAGACUAUUAAGAGAAAAACUAAAACUACCAAGAACUGUUGAUCUAUUAAUAGUAAAAGGUUGCUUUGACUCACUAACUGCUUCAAUUGCAAUACUGCUAGAAUGUACUGGCUGUAUAAGCAAGAAGAUAUUAUACCUGGCUACCUAUAAAGAAGAUACAGCUGAAUGGAAGUUGAACGACUUUACCCUAGGUUUACCCACUGUUGGUGCCAUACAUAUGGAAGUCAUACUUUCAGCUUUAACAUCCAUGGUGUUGUGGGAUGAUGAUACAGUUUUCUAUACUUACAAAAAUUAUACGCAGUAUGGUUAUUUUCAGGAGGCUGUUACAAAAAGCAAAUUUUCAGCAGUAUCUAAAGGAUCUACAAUUCAUCAAAUUAUAAUUGAUUACAUUGGAAAUGCCAUAAUAAAACUGAAAAAUAAUGCUCUGUUUUUCUUCAGAUUUGAAGUGACAGAUAUUGUAAAGCUUACUGCUUGGGAAAAUAAUCUUAAAAAGUUUAUAUAUUUUUAUAAUCCUUCUGGAGAUUUUUAUUUGCUGACAAUCAAUGGCACAAAAAUAACCCGCCAGGUAUAUCCGAUGAAAUUAGAAGUGCUUAGUGCUGCAUCAAAAUUGAAUGACAUUUGCCCAUAUAUAUCAUUUGAAAACAAUUUGGAUCUCAAUAUUCGUUAUCUAGACAUGGGAGACAAAGUGACAUUUUGGGGUCAGAUAGUAUUUUUAGAAAAUAAGGGUUUAUCAGUAGAUGUUGAAAUUUACAGGGCAGAACUGUUGAAGACUAAAGAAGUUAUCAAUUAUGAAAUAGCUCGUGGAAUCUGCACUAAAAAUAAGACUGUAACAUUUUAUCAUGAAAGGGAUUAUUCUGAACUGCCUGAUUAUCGAACCCAGGUAGCAUUAUCUCAGGGUAUUGUGACAUUUCAAUUACAGCCUUCAGAAUCUGGAAAAACAUGCUUAACUAAAAGCAAGCUUUCUCACAUACGUGUUGGCUGUCCUCCAUGGAAAAGCAUAAUUGUAAACAAGAAACCUUCAGUGUGUGAGAAUUUUACCUUCACUAUACCUCGAAAGUAUCUCAGAGACAAAAGACAUAAAGAAAACAAGGAAGUGAUAUUUGAUAUAGGCACAUAUGGCUGCCCAUUACAGAGCCAUUAUACUCAGGACUUUCAUCCUCAGGUUGAGAUAUAUGGGGGUGAUGAAAUUCCCAUGCCAGUUGAUGUAAACUAUAUAUUGUGGGAGAUGAAUGGAAGGACUGACUUUGCUUACAGAGCAACUAUGGAAAAGGUACAUUGUUUAAAUACUGCACAGACUUGGAAUGAGAUGAUUAAAUUAUAUAAUAAAUCAAUUGAAACAAUUGAAGAUGUAGAUGAGAUAUGGGGACCUCAUAAUUACAAGUCCUGUUUUAAAAAAAGACCACAACAAUUAAGGAAACUGGAUAAAGCAUAUGAGAUCUUAAAUAAUUCUGGUGUGAACUUUUUAACUUGGCCUCAGUAUACCAGUACUUAUAUGUUCAAGCUGAUAAUAGUGGAUCCAAAUUUCAGUUUUUGUAAAUUGUCUACAUAUUUUGCUGUCCAGACCUAUGGUAUCAUUGAAAGACCAAACUGGAUUCAUAUUGCUGGUUGGAACUUGUUGCUAAUUACUUUAUUUUGGGGAUUCGUCAUCUUCAGCUACUUCAGAUAUGUGAAGAUAUUCCGGGCUUUUCCUUUUGUUGAUCCCCUGAUGUCACUUAGGCCAGCUGUUACUGCAGAAAAAUCAAAUGAUCAGGAGAAGAAAGAUUGAUUUAUCACAUUGAAUGAAAUAAUAUUUUUAGUGUAUUUUGAUGUUUAACUUAUGAGAAAAACAUUGCUCAACUUUUUACUUUUCCAGGAGUUAAUACAAUCUUAAAAAUACAUCAUCAUCAUCAUCAUCAUCAUCAUCAUCAUCAUUAUUAUUAUUAUUGAUUUUAAACAUUAUUUUGAGAUAUUUUGCCUGCUCAUCUUUUAUUAUUCACAGCACCCUUCAAAAAUUUAAAUUUAAAUUCCUAGAUUGUUGCCUAUGCAUUUGGAGAAUACUUAGGUUGGGCAAGGCAACUAUAGUUAGUUUUUCUAACUUCCUAACUUUUCUUAAUAUACAUUCCCAUUAUUUAACAUAAGUACUACCAUAAAGGAAACUACUAUAAAUAGAAAGGUGAUAUUACUAUAUGCAGUAAAUAAUUGUAUUUAGGUGGUAAUGUCGAUGCGCCUUUUCCGUGUUGCCAAAAGGAAGUGCUCUAAGUCAAUUUAAAAUAAGAAUAGUAGUCCAAUUUAAUGCAAUAAGGAAUAUUUAAUCUCAUUUUAAUAUAUGUCAAAUUGUCUGCCACUUACAAUAUGUAAGUAUUGAUAAAAAGGUUAAAAUAAAAUUCAGUUGACUAAAUGAUUGAAUGUUUUCUGCAUUUUAAAUAAAA